AUGGCCCAACAGUUGACACAAAUGAUGGCAUCACUCGAGACCACAGAUGGCUGUGAAGACAGACAACAGCCAAAGAUUUACGCGAAGAACUCAAUGGACAGAUUCGGUGAUGAUUUGUGUGAACUUCUAUUGUCUUACCUGUCAUUUGAAGAUCGGUUUCAAUGCGAAAGUGUGUCCAAACAGUUCCGGAGGACAGUCUUCGGGAGUGUUGUGGACAUUGAAAUCAACGACCGAUUUAUGCGACAAAUACUUAACACAACAAUCGCUGAAACUUUGGCCACAAUUACCAUAAAGUGUCCGAAGAUUGAGACCAUUGACUGUCGAGGAAUAAGAGCUGAAUAUGGAGAACACAUUCCCGAAGUGUUGGCCAUAUUUCAAGACAAUUGUCAUAAUUUGCGUGAAAUUUACUGCAAUUUAUGGCAAAAUAGCGGACAAACAAUGCCUACAAUCGGACCACUGGUCACACGAAUCAAUGUUAUCGACGAUAAUAUCGACACUCAAUUACUCACUCAUUGCCACCGAUUGUCUCAAUUAAAAGUCGAUGGUUUAGACGACGUCUUUGACACCACUUCCGGACAACUAUUGACGAAGAAUUUGCAGAAAUUUGAGUUAAAUUCCUGUUUAAACAGUGAUUACCACCAAUUGUCUGCAUUCGUGGCACACAAUCUGUCCCUUAUAUGUCUUGACAUCAGUUAUUAUACGUACGAAACUCACGACUCACUGACCGAAAUGUGCGGACAAUUGUCACGAUUAACACAAUUACGGGAUUUGUAUCUCGUUUUGGAGGUAAUCGGCGGACAAUACUCAUUGACCGACGUUUUGCGCACAAUUGGCGUGAAUUGCAAACAGUUGAAACGAUUGUCACUUUAUAUCUACGAUAGCACUCGAAGCAAACGCCAGACACUGGAUUCGUUGCGAUAUUACCGGCAAUUAAAACAAUUGCGUUUAACACAAUUUCAUGUGAUUUUCGCACAAAUUGAUCUCUCGUUGGAUCCGUUGAGUGAUUGCAAGAGAUUAACGCAUUUAGAGAUUAAUUUGAUAGGAAAGGACGUCAAAGUACUGAUUGACUGCCAUAAACACUGUCCACGCCUUCAGUAUCUAUGGAUUGAUGGCAACGAAAACAUAGACACCGAGUGUUUGUCACACCUCUCAAGAUUACCGGCGCUGCAAACGCUUGUGUUUCGAUUCAUUGGAUCCAAUGAUCUCUCGGAUAUUGAUUUCAAUGAUCUGUUGUCCAGAAGUCCUAAACUCAAGACAAUUGAAAUCCAUGGAAACAAUGAGAAGAAGUUUUAUUCAAUUUAA